AAGACGGGAACCUUGGUUGUCCUGGAGGUGACACCGGCACUCAGCUAUUGGUGGUCACACCAGCAGCCGGCUCUUGACAGAACCCGUCUCUGCUCAUAUCCCAUCGCCCCCCCCACCUUCUCGUGUGCUAACGGGUCCUCUUCCUCCCUCCCCGUGGAGUUUCUUCUAGAUCUAAAGAAUUUGGAUUUCGUGCUCAAAAAUUUAUAAAAAAAAAAAUGUCAGGCAUCGCAAUGAGCAAGUUGGUGGUGGCCUUGCUGGGGGUCCUCUUCGUGGGGAUGCUCUCGGCCAUCAUCGCUCUGUCAGUAGUCUACUCCAACGAGGUGAACGCCAACAAAGAGCCAGCUGCCCCUGCGCCCACCGAGAAGACAACUCCGAAGCCCUCCGACAUUACAACUGAGAAGCCAACUGCGAGACCUAGCGGCAAGCCAACAGCAUCACCAAGCGAGAAGCCCACUCCAACUAUGCGCCCCGGACCUUGGAACAACAUUCGCCUCCCUAAGAACCUGGAGCCCAUCAGCUACAAGGUGAAGCUCUGGCCAAAGCUAGAACCGGACCCCAUCACCAAACUCUACACGUUCAGCGGCGACUCGACCGUCGAGUUCCGGUGUCUGGUCCCAACGGACUUCGUCAUCAUCCACAGCAACAAACUCAACUACACCGCAAAGGGCGGCCACUUGGCUCUUCUCAAAGACUCCUCGGGGAACGAUGUGGAGGUGUCAAGCUCCUGGCUGGAGCCCAAGAACCAGUACCUGGUGCUGGAGCUGACGGCUCCGCUGCAGAAGGAUGCGACCUACACGAUGGUCACCGAGUUCGUGGGCGAGCUUGCCGAUGACCUCGCGGGCUUCUACCGCAGCGAGUACACGGAGGGUGGAGUUAGAAAGGUUGUGGCCACCACGCAGAUGCAGCCCACGGACGCACGCAAGGCCUUCCCGUGCUUCGACGAGCCGGCCAUGAAGGCUACGUUUGACGUGACGAUUAUUCACAAACCCGAGCACAAGGCCAUAUCAAACAUGCCCAUAAUAGAUGAAAAAAGCAUCACAGUUGACACAAUUAUCUGGAGAGAAACCACGUUCAACACAACUCUCAAGAUGUCCACCUACCUGCUGGCCUUCAUCGUGUGCGAAUUUACUUACAUCGAGAAAAUAGAAAACGGCACACAGAUUCGCAUCUGGGCACGGCCGCAGGCGGUGUACGAUGGCCAAGCAGACUAUGCCAUCAAUAUCACUGGCAACAUUCUCAACUUCUUUGCGGAUUACUACAAAGUGGCCUACCCGCUUCCCAAGUCUGACCAGAUCGCACUGCCGGACUUUGCCGCCGGCGCGAUGGAGAACUGGGGCCUGGUGACGUACCGCGAGACGGCGCUGCUGUACGACCCGGUGCAGUCGUCCAACGGCAACAAGGAGCGGGUGGCUUCGGUCGUGGCGCAUGAGCUGGCACAUCAGUGGUUCGGCAAUCUGGUCACGCUGAAAUGGUGGAACGACCUCUGGCUCAACGAGGGCUUUGCCAGCUACGUGGAGUAUCUGGGAGCAGACUAUGCCGAGCCAACUUGGGAAUUGAAAGAUCUCUUCGUGAUGUCGGAACUGCACCGCGUGUUUUCCAUGGACAGCCUAGUCUCCUCUCACCCCCUAUCUUCUGCUGAAGAAGACAUCAACACACCGGGAGAAAUCAAUGAGCUUUUCGACUCCAUCUCCUACAGCAAGGGUGGAUCUGUGCUCCGUAUGUUGUCAUCAUUCCUCACUGAGCCUGUGUUUGUAGAAGGACUAAACACAUACCUCCUGGCUCACCAGCUCAGCAAUGCAGCGGUGGAUGACCUGUGGGUUCACCAGCAGCAGGCGGUGGACAAUAACAACGUGAAUCUCCCAAAAACGGUGAAAGAGAUCAUGGACACAUGGACGCUUCAGAUGGGCUACCCUGUGAUCAAGCUCGAUACGAGCAACGGCAAUGUCACCCAGAAGUACUUCCUGAUCGACCCCGAAGCGGUCGCUGGGCGGCCAUCGCCCUUCAAUUACCUGUGGAAUGUGCCCAUCACAUGGAAGAAGGAUGGACCCAUUAGCACUGUGUGGUUACUGGGAGUUAAAGAUGCUAUCUUUCCCGACCUACAAAGUGCUGACAAAUGGGUCCUGCUCAACAUUGAUGAAGUUGGAUACUACCGCGUCAACUACGAUGUUGCCAACUGGAAUCGCUUGCUGAAUCAGCUGCAAACUGACCUCGAAAUGAUACCCGUGAUCAACAGAGCACAAAUCAUCGACGAUGCCUUCAACUUGGCCAGGGCGAAACACAUAGACGUGAAGCUGGCCCUGAACACCACACUCUACCUGGUCAAUGAGCGCAAGUACCAGCCCUGGCAGGCGACCAUCUCCAGCCUUUCCUACUUCAAGCAGAUGCUUGACCGCUCUGCGGUAUUCGGGAACAUGCAGAAAUACAUCCUGCAGCAAGUCAUACCACUGUACAAUUACUACGAUAACCUUGUGGGCAGCAACUGGAACGAUGUCCCACCAGGGCAUGCCGACCAAUAUAACCAAGUCAACGCCAUCUCGCUCGCGUGCUCCUACAACCAUCUCCCCUGUGAGGUGAAGGCCUCCGCAAUAUAUAAAGCUUGGAUGGAAAAUCCUGACAAUUAUAUUAUCCACGCGAACCUCAAGUCGACGGUUUACUGCGUGGCGAUUGCCGCGGGUGGGCAGGCGGAGUGGGACUUUGGUUGGAAGAUGUUCAAGGAGACGUCGCUCGCCACGGAGGCCGAUAAACUCCGGGAUGCACUGGCUUGCAGCAAGCAGACCUGGAUCCUGAACAGGUAUCUGGAGUACACCCUGGACCCCGCAAUGAUUCGGAAACAGGACGCAACCAAUACCAUUGUGAGGAUUGCCAGCAAUGUCGUCGGACAGUCUCUGGCUUGGGACUUCAUCCGAGCCAACUGGGAGUACAUCUUCACCGAGUACGGAGGAGGCUCCUUUUCCUUUUCACGCCUCAUUGAAGGAGUUACGGGACGAUUCUCCACAGAUUAUGAGCUCAAGCAGCUCGAGCAGUUCAAGGCCGACAACCAGGAAGUCGGCUUCGGGUCCGGAACACGAGCGCUCGAGCAGGCCCUGGAGCGCACCAAGGUCAACAUCAAGUGGCGUGCAGACAACGAGAAACGGAUUGACGAAUGGUUCAUCGACAGCAUCAGACCAUAGGAUGACACAAAAACAUUUCACUCCCUGCAAUGAGUUUCUAUUCUGAGAAGAGAGAAUUGCCUUUAAAUGGCACUACUGGAAGCAUGUGCUGUGAUUAAUUAAUUGUUACAAAAAUUUCCAUCCGGUCUGUAACCUGUAAUUGGGUGUAAUCCAUCACUUGUAUAUUAUUUCGACUUAAUAUUUCUUUACUGCAUCUUAAAUGCGUUCAACUAAAUAUACAGGAGAACAUCUUUUGUUGCAUUUUACUUUGGCCAAUGUUCAAGAACUACAAAAGUUACAUGUCCGAACCUGUAAAUCUAAAUAUAAUUUUCAGACUUUCAGACUGCACGUGUGGAAUGUUUGUAUACUUUAGGUGGUGGUGAAGAAAGCAUUUAGUUGUUUCAUAUAGAAGAUCACUUUUGCACACGCAGUAUAAGAAGUAAAGGUUUUCAUUAUGUUUCCAAAGCUUAAUAAAUAUCAUGUCUGAUUGAUUCAUUGCAUUACAUUUAUAUAAAUGUAUUUUAAAAUCUCAAUGCGUUAAUAGUAAUUGUGGUUACUGUAAUAAAGUAAGUUCAUGACUUGGAGAAUAACUUCGUUGUUUGAUGAAAGUCAAUGCAUCUGAACUUGAAGACGGUUGUAAUUUAAAUGUAUAAUGUGAAAAUGACAAUUGUACAAAUAUCAUGCUAUAUUUCUCAAAAAAGAUGAUUAGUAUAAGGAAACAAUACAAUAUAUUUUAAUUCUA